GUAACAAUGAGACUAACGGGGUCUCGUGCGUACGCAAGACCAGCUCCUACUCCUACAAUGCCCCCGGGUCUUGUAGAGCUAAUGGAAGGACUUGCAAAAGAUGUCCUCAAAAAUAAUCCUGAAAAUGUUUACGAGUUCUGUGCUGCGCAUAUGCAGAAAUUACUUGAAAUAAGAGAUGGCCCAGCACCACCGAAAAUGCCAUUGUCCUUGGAGCAGAAAAUAGCUUACGCUCAAGAAAAAAUAAGACAAAGAAAUAAAAACCGUCAACUUCAGCACGAUGGGAAGUUGUCGGAGCAUCCCGAUGCAAAACUCGAACAUGAAGACAAGCUGCCUAUGAAAGAAACGGCCAUCGAUACAUCUGCUUUACAGCCGGUUAUUAACAAAGAUGAAUUUAUAAUGAAGAAUGAAGUUGAAAUAUUUCACGAGCCCAAUGUAACUGUAGCUACUAAUGACAUAAAUACAGAUGAGCCGUCUGAAGUCAUAAACAAAGUUAUCGAAGCAUCACAAGUGGAAUACGAAGCCAAGGAAUCUGUUUCAAAUAUUACUCAAAAACUUGAAACUGAAGGAUCAUCAGAAAAAGUGACUGAACAGGUCAAUGAAACCAUAAUCAGUGUUGACACAAAUGAAACAUCUGCCGUUGAAGCUAAUGUUAAAUCAGAAAACGUUGCUGAAAUGGAUGACCAAAGCAAAGAAAUUGUUGAUCUUGUCGUUCAAAGUACUGAACAUGUAGAAAAUAUGCCUCCGAAUGAAGACAUCUUUGAAGCUCAAUUGACCGAUUCUGAACCUGCCGUUAGGAACACAGUAGUUGAUGUUGAAGAUAAAACUGAUAGUAAUAACGGAGGACCCGCAUACAAAGAAAUUAGGGAUGAGUUUAAUGAGGUGGCUUCUACACUGCUAUUAGCAAGCAAGACUAUAACUGCGUUUUCUAAUAUCAGUGACGUUAAAACCACAUCAAAAGAGGUUGUUGCAGAACCAGAAAUUUAUAAAAAAGAAGUAAACAUAGAUACGCAACACGAAGAAAUGUUGUUGAAAGAGUUUGCUAACCAAAUUGAACCUGAUGAGAAAUUAGAGGACAUUAUUGAAGAACACAAAAUAAUUAAAGAGGAAACUACAGAUAUUCAGCACGAAGAAAGUGGCGCUGACAACAUAUCUUUUAAAGAGCGGGUCGAAGACAUAACCCGUACAGAUAACGAACACGUAGUUGAGCAAAAUCAUGGCAGUUUGCUUUCUAAAUCACAAGAUUCUGCAAAUCCUACUGUCGAAGACUUAAAUAUCAAUCCACGUGAUACCAUUCUCCAAACUGAAAGUUCACACGAUGAAAAUCAAGUUUUAUCUUCCACGGAAACUAAAACAUCAAAUACAGCAAAUUCCCAAGUUUCAGCAGAAGGUAUUAAAUUAUCUGAAAAUCAGGUGCUUAUUGAAGAAAUCACCGAAACGUCUACUGUACAUGACAGUUUUCUAAAUAAGGAUGAGUCUAAUGAUCAAGAAGUUCAUAAAGUUAACUAUGAAUCACAGGCUGACAUAGAAGUAACGGAAGUUGAAGAUAAAGAUCCAGAGCAAGGACCUGUGCAUAGUGAAGAAUCUAUUGUGAAGGAUAAUAACCCUGCUCAUGAUAACAUAACUGCUGGUAUCAAAAGUGAUUCAAUGAAUGAAAGUAAAGAAAUAACUGAACACACUGCAGUAAGUGGCAUGGAUUUAGAGACUGCAGCAAUCACAAUACAAAAAGUAUUUAGGACUUUCUUAUUCAGUAAGAGCAGAGCUUCCACAUUCGAUGACACCGUUAAUGGAAACUCUUUGGACGAAGAUAUGGAAAAGAAGGAUUUUCAGGACGAACCCGAAUAUGCAUUAACUGCUAACAUAAACCCAGAGCGACGAACAUUAGGAAUAAGUAGAAUGGACACCGUCUUGCAAACAGUAAACGAGGAGAAAUCGCUGUCGCUAUCAGAUGAAUCCUCUUUGUCAAGCGCAGCCACCACUAUACAAGCGCAUGUCCGGGGAUUUUUAGUCAGAAAUAAACUCGCUUCUAACAAAACGGCGUCUAGUAGUUCUUUAGUAAAUUCUGACGGCCAGUCAACAUCAUUGGAUGGUGACGUUAAUGAACCUAAAAAGACCAUUUUAAAUAUCCACAUCGUUCCUGAGAGAGGACAAUUCAUGAGCAGAGACGAAAGUUUACUAACGUCGAUCGACUUGCCUCUUGACAACAGCCCACCAUCUUCAAUUAAUUUACAUCCACUGGGCUAUGACAAAAGUGAGCGACGAAAGCAACUGAAAAGAGAAGACGCUGUACAGUCUAUUUCACCUCCUAGUAACAACAGCGGUAAACAAAGUGAAGAGGUGGACUCUGUGAAAGAAACACUUAAUGACAGCGACGAUGUCGAUGGAAAAGAGGAACACCAAGUUGUAUCUGUAAAUAGCCAAGAUAAACCUCAUGAAGCGGACACUGAGAGUUGCGAUACCACACUUACAAUUAGUUCUACUGCGGAAACGGUUAUCGAUGCCGAUACUUACAAUCCUAGAGAAGUCCUAUCAAGUCCUGAACAUAACUUGGAAUCAGACAACAAAAACCACGAAGUCCUUACUAGUUCCGAUGAGAUGGACGUUGUUACACCAUCCACAAUAGCUGCAAAAACUCCUUCAGUAGACACUGAGAACGACGAUAAACCAAAGUUGGUUCACUCCGGUGAAUUUCAUGACAUAGUGGUUCAGACUCAAGUGAAACGGAGUGAAGCAUCAGUCGUCCGCGGUGAGUGAAGACAACUAUUAUCAGAAUUCAAGAACGUGCUGGUGUACUUCUUACUAUGGGACAAGACUUAAAAUAUCGACUGCUGGAGUAUAUUUAUUACCUAACUAUUUUCUUUAUAACUUAACGAAAAU